CUUCCAGCUCUUCACCAAAAGUUGUGCUCGGCUCUGUUCCAGAAAAGCACCUCGUGGAAGAAGAUGACGUCGACUCCAUUCUCCUUUCAGCAUCCAAGAUCCUGAAUGCCUCAGAGGGAGUAAAGGAAAGCGGGGGCAGCGAACCAGAAUGUGGCUGUGCAUCAGAACCAGAAAAUCAAAUCCAACCACAAUCAGCAUUGAAAGUCCUGCAGCAUCAGCUGGAGUCGUUUCAGGCUCUGCGAAUGCAGACUCUACAGAACGUCAGCAUGGUACAGUCUGAAAUCAGUGAGAUAUUGAACAAAAGUAUUGUUGAAGUGGAAAACCCAAAACUUAACUCAGAAAAAAAUCUAAUAUUCAGCAUGCAUCCUGAAAAGGAUUUGCCUAACAAGACACAAGAAGAAGUACUUUCUACCAAGAAAAGUCAUCAUUUCGAGAACCCCAAGACCCUCCAUUCAAUGGAAGAGAACUUCAGCAGUAACAGUGGCACUGAUCUCUCUCAAAGCAUAAACAUUCCACCCCAGACACAGGUCAAGGACGAGGUAGCUGUGGAGAGCCUGAGAACUACAGCAGGUAACUCACCUCCCAGCAAAGCUGUGAACACUUCAGAGCAGCCCAACACCAGAAAGGGCUUCCAUUUUUAUCAGUUUCUACCUCCGGCUCCUCAGACUGCAGUACCUCAAGCUGCUCCCGUGAUUCUGGAUAAAUCCACCACCACCGUCCCUUUCCUGAAGCAUGAGUUUUGUGAAAACUUAGACGACAUUUGCCACUCUAUUAAGCACAUGAAAGAAGAGCUUCAGAAGUCAAACGACCAGGAACUGGCCCUUACGGAUGAACUUCACAAUUUCCAGAUGGAUGGAAGGACUCAUGGUCACCAUAAACAUGAGCUAUUCCCCAUUUGUAAUGCCAAACUUAGUUUUAUUCCGGAAGAAAACACAAAAGGUAACUUAAGUGAAGACGUCAAAUCGAAGAGGAUUUCUGAAUUAGAGGCAUUGGUGAGCAAACUACUCCCACUCAGGGACACUGUGUCAAAAUUGCACGUGAAUUUUUGUAGGAAAUGUAAAAAAUUGUCUAGAAGUGAAAUAUGCCGGGGGAAAAAGAGUGAGAAAAAUAAAGACAUCCCUAUCACCAGCAAGAAUAUUAUAGAUUUAAAAUUCCACUCCCGAGCUCCGAGGCACACUCUGUCCGUCCUGGACCCAGGGAAGCACAAAAUAAAAGACAAAGAAGGCCAAGCGUUCGUCGUCAGCCAAGAACCAGUAACGUUUGAAAACGAGAAGACACCCAAAGACAAGUGCGUCCCUGAGCAGUGUGUUGCCAAAAUCCAGUACCUACAGAAUUACCUCAAAGAAUCCUUGCAGUAUCAGAAAAAGAUGACAGAACUCGAGAAUGAAAACCUGGCCCUUAGGACCAAAAUGAAGCCCCUCGUGUUCACGGCGCAAUCCCUGAUCCAGAAGGCGGAAACCCACAAAAAGCAAUUGAAGUCUCUGACCGAAGAAAAGAGCUCUCUUCAGUCCCAGUUAACCAAAGCGGAGGAAGAGAACAAAGACUGCCUCAGGGAACUGAAGACACUCAUCAGCACCUACAAUGUCCUCCAAGGCCAACACAAAAUGCUAGAGGAGAAAAACAGCCAACUGUCUCUGGAAAAGCAACAGAUGCUGGAAACAAUCGACCACCUGAAGGGCAAGGAGCACAGGACCCAAAGUGACAUGGCCGCUCUGCAAAACGAAAACGGUAGGAUGACUAUAGAAAUAGAAGCAAUGAAGACUGGCAUGCUGCUGACACGAGAGGAGAGGGAAAUGCUGGAGAAAGACAUGUACCAACUCCUGAAAGACAAGGGCUCGCUGGAGGGUGACCUGAAAGAGAGCAAGCUGGAAAUCCUGCAGCUAAAAGAGAAGGAGGAGCUGGCCCACGCCGAGCAGGAGUCGCUUCUUCACAUACUGGACGCAGCUAAGGCAGAGAAGCUGAGGCUGGAGGCAACAUUACAAGAAUCCACUUCUGCCAGACAGAUGUUGGAAAGAGAACUCGUGGAGAUUCAGACCUACCGGUCUGCCAUGGAAGAGAAGUUCCUGAAAGAUAUCAAAAGCGCCAAGUCAGAGACGAGCAUUUACAAGAACAACCUGGCAGAAAUCAGCAAGGAAUGUGAGGUGUUGUCCAAAAUGGUCAUGGAGAUUAAGGCGGAUAACCAGAUUCUGAAAGAAGAGCUAAAGAAACACAGUCAAGAAAACACCAAGUUCGAAAACAGCAUCAGUCGGCUCACGGAAGACAAGGUACUUUUGGAAAACUACGUGAGAAGCAUAGAAAACGAGAGGAACACCCUGGAAUUUGAGAUGCGGACUCUUCAGCGAGACUACAUAAAUUUAAGCGAGAAAGUCUCUGGUCAGAACAACAGUGCAUCGAAAUCGACUUACAUUUCAAGAAGAGAAAAAUUUUAUUUUGACAACUACGAGGUCUAUGAAGAUGCUUCCAGUCUUAGGAACCGGCUUUUGGCUUCUGACUUGAAAGGAAUACCACAUAAACUAUAUCAACGACUUCCAUCCAAGAUAUGUAAAUAAAUUUCAAAAGAAA